GGUCUGACCUUCACGGGAGGGAUUUCAAGUGUCCCUUGGGCAGAAUCAAAGCGUGCGCCAUGGCGUCACGCAUUGGCCUGCGGAUGCAGCUCAUGCGAGAGCAAGUACAACAAGAGGAACAACGGGAGCGCGUGCAGCAGCAGGCGAUGAUGCAUUACAUGCAGCAGCAGCAGCAGCAGCAAAUGCCUAUGGCUCCGACCCCUGCCAUCAAUACGCCAGUUAAUUUCCAGUCCCCACCCUCUGUGCCCGGAGAAGUCUUAAAGGUUCAGUCCUUCCUGGAGAACCCUACGACGUACCACCUACAAAAGUCACGAGACAAGAAGGUCCAAGAAUACCUGUCUGAAACAUAUGGGAACAAGUUUGCUCCUCUGCUCAGUGCUCCAUCUCCCAAGCCUCCCCCUUCGGCCUCACCUGGCGUCCGGCCAAGCCAUGUCAUGUCCUCUUCUGCAGGAAACAGCACCCCGAACAGUCCAAUGGCCAUGCUUAACAUUGGCUCUAACCCAGAGAGGGAGAUAGAUGACGUCAUUGAAGACAUCAUGCAGCUGACAACCACCGUGGGAUGUAUUAAUCCAGAAAUUCAUAUGCCCAAUACUCUACCACUCUCCAGCAGCCAUAUGAAUGUGUACAGCAGUGACCCUCAGAUGACAUCCUCUCUGGUUGGCAUCACCAGCAGCUCCUGCCCUGCUGAUCUUACCCAGAAGAGAGAGCUCACAGAUGCUGAGAAUCGUGCUCUGGCAAAGGAACGUCAGAAAAAGGACAAUCAUAAUCUGAUUGAAAGAAGACGAAGAUUCAACAUCAAUGAUCGUAUUAAGGAACUGGGAAUGCUGAUCCCUAAAGCUGGAGACCUGGACGUACGCUGGAACAAAGGGACAAUCCUGAAGGCCUCUGUGGAUUACAUCAGAAGGAUGCAGAAGGAUCUGCAGAGGUCACGAGAUCUUGAGAAUCAUUCUCGGCGCUUGGAAAUGGCAAACAAGCAGCUCUGGCUCCGCAUACAAGAGCUAGAGAUGCAGGCUAGAGUCCACGGGCUGCCAGCCACUUCACCCUCUGGCAUGAAUGUGGCCGAAUUAGCUCACCAGGUUGUAAAGCAAGAGGUCUCCGGGGAGGAAGGGACAACUGCAGAGAUCCAGCAGCAGCCACCACUACAUCCUGAUCAAGAGACUCGGCACCAACCUUCCUACGCUCCUCCACAGUCCCCGUAUCAUCAGCUGGACUUCACUCACAGCCUGAGUUUUGAUGACAACUCCAGAGGAUUCCAUGACCCGCUGGACCCCAGCCAAAACGUCUCCUUCCCCGCCUUGUCCAAGAAGGAGCUGGACUUGAUGUUAAUGGAAGACACCAUGCUGCCUGUGGCGUCAGAUCCCCUGUUCUCGGCGGUGUCUCCUGAGGCUUCAAAGGCGAGCAGUCGUAGAAGCAGCUUCAGCAUGGAGGACACAGACAUGCUGUGAUUGGAACUGUGCAAAGGAGGAAAGACUAGGCGUCAAAUAUUGUUGUGAAGAUUCG